UGGUUUCCUCAAUAAUUUUUUUUUUCUUCAGAAAACAACGAAAGAGGCCUGAGUCAGGCCUUAGAGUGUCUAGAGUGAUAUGUUCUAGAUCUAGAGUUAUUUAUUUAUAGAUCUAGAUCUGUAGUAUGGAUCUGCACUUUUGACAAGAAAAACAAGCCAAAAUUUUCUCGCGUGACAAUGGUCACAAUCUCAUUACAUUGCUGAGUCUGAGUGUACUCUGUACUGAGUCUUGAGUGUACUUUGUUAUUUGUUGUGUGUCACUGUGUAGCUUCUACAUUCAGAGUCCAUUUUAUAAACACACAAAUGUUAAAGAUCAUGAUACCAAUCCAUCAGAGAAAAAGUGAGGGCCCAAAUGUAGUGGCACUGAGACAAACACUUCUUGGCGGACAUUCUGAGUUCUCAGUGACUCUAAACUCUGCUGAGUCUCUAGACUACUGUCAGACUCACUGUUGAAUGUUCACUUUUAGACUAAUUAAACUACAUCUGAGAUCUAGUAGACUCUUUUAGUCUAAGUACAUGAAUAUAAUAUCUUGAAAAAAAAUGAACAGCUGUCUUAUUUAGGAUAAUUUAACUAUUGCUAUAUUUAUGAAAAAUGGCUGAAGUUGAAGAAGCAGCUUUACUUUUACCCAAGUCAUCACCAGUUGCCAGUGAAAAGUAUCAAAGGAGUGCACCCUCAGAAGUUUCAACAGAUCAGACAUCAUUUCUGGCAGCUAAGGCUAUCAACAAUACACAUCAACCCUCUGAAGAUAGCAUUAUGGUUUUCCCUCAUGGUGGUAUAGUUGAGGUUACUGAAGGUUACCACCAUGGUUAUCAGGCUGCAGGCUCACAUCACAGCAUGUUGCUGUCUGACAGAUCUUUUGUUGAAAACACUACAAGCAACAUGCAGACAUUGAUGCAUUUACUAAAAGGGAAUAUUGGAACUGGUAUUCUAGCACUUCCACUAGCUAUUAAAAAUGCUGGACUAUGGAUGGGAUUUUUUAGUUUGCUGGCUAUAGGUGUAAUAGCAGUACACUGUAUGCAUAUGUUAAUCAAAUGCAGUCAUAUUCUUAGUAAAAGGACAACUAGACUUGAGCUAGACUAUGCAGAUGUUAUAGAAAUAAGUUUUAAGACUGGACCACAGAGAUUAAAAAAGUUUGCAAAAGCAGGAAGAUUUGCAGUCAAUGCUUUUUUAAUAUUUACUCAAUUUGGUUUUUGCUGUGUCUACAUUGUGUUUGUAGCCACCAAUGUACAGGCUGUGGUUGAACAGUUUUAUACAGAGCUUCCAAGUUUAUUUCUCUUUGAAGUGAUGGUGACUGUUGCUCUGUUACCUUAUGUGUGUGUUAGAAACUUACAAAUGUUGGCACCCUUUUCAGCCUUUGCAAAUAUACUUACUGUGACAGGCUUGAUCAUCACAUUCCAGUAUAUUGUUCAAGAUCUACCGGACACCUCAACUCGCCCAGCAUUCAGCAACAUUAAUGAACUCCCAUUGUUUUUCGGUACAGCCAUUUUUGCUGUUGAAGGUAUAAGUCUAGUUCUUCCUCUAGAAAACAAAAUGAGAAGUCCUCAGGAUUUUGGUGGCUGGUUUGGAGUAUUAAAUCUAGGCUUGGUCAUUACUAUUUGUCUUUAUGCUGCUGUUGGUUUCUAUGGCUACUUACAGUUUGGUGAAGAUGUUAAGGCUAGUAUAACAUUGAGUCUACCUACAGAUUCAUGGUGGUACUUGUCAGUCAAAUUGAUGUUGGCCUUGGCCAUCUUCAUCUCCUACAAUGUACAGUUCUAUGUACCUAUAAAAAUUUUAUGGCCAAAUCUGCAACAUCGUUUUCAUAAUAGAAUCAUUCGCAGAUAUGGAGAAUUUAUUUUUCGGAUAGUCCUAGUAUUAGUUACAUUUGGCUUUGCUGCUGCCAUCCCACAUCUGGAUUUACUCAUUUCCUUGAUUGGAGCAUUCCUAAGCACAUCACUUGCCCUGAUACUACCAGCCAUCAUUGAGAUUGUGACCCUGUCAGCAGAGGAUGAACACCUGCCUUGGUAUAUUGUAGUAAAGAAUAUAUUGAUAUUUCUCCUUGGACUAGUAGGCUGUUUCACUGGCACAUACUCUGCUAUUAAAGACAUUGUGAAUUCUUUUUAGAAUUGAGUUAGUUUUAAAAUCUGUUCAUUUGUGUAGCUGCCAAAAUGUUGCCUGUGGAUUAAUUUUUAAAUAUUUCUGUCAUUGACUGGAUUUUUUCACUGCUAAAGUAUUUCUGUAUUUAUUUGAAGAUAUUUUUAUUUUUAAUGAUGCCAUUUCAGUUUUUGGUUUACUGAUAUGUUGAUGUUAAUUAAAAUAUUGCUAUACCAACUUAUAGUUAAUCAAUUAAAUUAAUUAGCAAUGGUCUGGUCAAUUGCAUUUUGUCAACAAAUUCUCAUUUUGUUAAAUUGCUGUACUUGAUUUUAAUUAAAUUUAAUGAUUUCACCCCAAAUAAAUAUUGUCAGAAAUAAGUCUACUAGCUUAAAGGGAAUCUCCUAUGGUUUUGACAAUUUUUGAUAUAAUAUAUAAUUUGAUUUACAGAUAAUGAAUAUAUUAUUCCUUUUUUUUUUUAUUUGCAAUAAUAACUUAGAAAUUGAUGUUUUUCCAACGUAAUUUUCCUGCGCAUUAAAACAGUCAGACUUUCACCGGGUUUCUAUGUGACAUCACAAAUACGUUUAAUUUAAUCUAUUGACUUCUGUAAAACAGGAGACCAUACAACAAAAAUUACAUUCUGGUAAAAGAAAUAUAUCUUCGACUAUGCAGUUAGAUGUAGGAUCUUGUAUGCAAAGAAAAAAAUGCGCAUUAAAAGUAGAUUUACAUGCUUGACUAACCACGGCAGUGAGUAUUUUCUCGCCUGACCACUCAACACACAACAAACACUAUUGCUUGGUUGUCUUGUCAUGACCGACUACACAUAGUCUCGACUAGCCUUACACUGACCAGUUUGUUGGAAUCAGUCAGAUACAUGAUCUAUUUACUUCUUGGGACAGGGAAAGGCUUAGAUGAAAAUGUUACUUUUUUUCUCGAGUUGGUUAUCCAAUCCUUUUAGAUCUAUUUAUACAAGUAUAUAUAUAUAUAUAUAUAUAUAUAUAUAUAACUGUAUCAUAGAUCUGGACUAGGCCGUCACUAAGUCUAACAGCUACUGUAAGAAAGAAGCGAUACGAUUGGUUAAAUGUAGUUUCUCUUUCAGUAUUGUUGAGGGAAGUGAUGUUUGAAAUAGCUUAAAACAAAAUCUCAAAGAAUCCCGUUUUUUUGAGAUGUCAAGAAUUUACUGACUAAUUUAUUAAACAUAAAUGUUACUAAGCAUUUAAAUACAAUUAAAUACAAAAUGGUAAAAUGUUUACUAUUAAAACUUUUCACGCAGAAUUUAAAUAUGUCAAUAACUCAAAUUAAAAAACCUUCGGAGUUUCCCUUUAAAAGCAUUAUAGCUUCAAAACUCUAGCUGUUCAAAAUAUUUUUAAAAUUUUCAUCACAGUCUUGACACACACCACUGGUCUAGUAAUAUCUUGAAGGUAAAGUCUCAAAUCAAACAUUUUUACAAUAUUUUCAAGGUAAAGUACAUCUCAAGUCAAAUAUUCAUUAAAAAAAAUAAAUGAAACAUCCACUUAAAAAAAGAUUCAGUUCAAAUGUUUAAAGAUUAAAGCAUACUGCUGUCAAAUCUCUUUCAUAAAACCAAAUACUUCACAAUUUAUGAAAACCUGGCUUCACUCUGAUACAAUCAGGUAGAAAUUUUUUUCUCUAGGAAGUGCAUUAUUUUUAAUUCUUUCUAUCUGGUGUUUGACAUAAAGCAACAAGACAUUAUCUGUUCUGACUUCACAAAUGUUUGUUUGAAUCAAGUGUAGUGAAUGUAUUACAAAUACUUGUGUGGUUACCUCAUUUGUCUUUUAUACUUUUAAUGUUGAUAUUGUGUUUUUUUUUAAUAUACUUCUAUUGUUGAUAUUUUGACUUCUGGAUAUUUUCUAAUAUAAUGCCUACAUCAAAUUGUCUUUCAACUUUGUAAAGAUUGUAAUGAUCAAGCUACCUAUACAUUUUAUUUUUAAAAUUAUGUUUAAUUACUGUUUGUGUUGGACAGAAAAGCAAUUAAUUUUUUUUUAUUAUUCAUUUAAUUUGUACUAUUGUCAACUUAUUCUUUAAAAUGCUCACAUUCAAAGUUUCCAGAAAUUAAUUCUAAAGGUGUCAAUAUGCACAUUUUGUUUCCCUUUUAGAAACAACUUCCAUGACCUAGUUUGGCUUUUUAUUAAUUUCCUCUAUUAGAUAGUUUAGUUUCAUAGAAAUAGCAUGAGCAAACAUAUUGCAAUCACUUCUAACUUCAACACUUAUUGCAAUAACUUCUAACUUCAAAACAUAUUGCAAUCACUUCUAACUUCAAAACAUAUUGCAAUCACUUCUAACUUCAACAAAUAUUGCAAUCACUUCUAACUUCAAAACAUAUUGCAAUCACUUCUAACUUCAACAAAUAUUGCAAUCUCUUCUAACUUCAACAAAUAUUGCAAUCACUUCUAACUUCAAAACAUAUUGCAAUCACUUCUAACUUCAACAAAUAUUGCAAUCACUUCUAACUUCAAAACAUAUUGCAAUCACUUCUAACUUCAACAAAUAUUGCAAUCACUUCUAACUUCAACAAAUAUUGCAAUCACUUCUAACUUCAACACUUAUUGCAAUCACUUCUAACUUCAAAACAUAUUGCAAUCACUUCUAACUUCAACACAUAUUGCAAUCACUUCUAACUUCAACAAAUAUUGCAAUCACUUCUAACUUCAAAACAUAUUGCAAUCACUUCUAACUUCAAAACAUAUUGCAAUCACUUCUAACUUCAACACAUAUUGCAAACACUUCUAACUUCAACAAAUAUUGCAAUCACUUCUAAUUUCAAAACAUAUUGCAAUCACUUCUAACUUCAAAACAUAUUGCAAUCACUUCUAACUUCAAAACAUAUUGCAAUCACUUCUAACUUCAAAACAUAUUGCAAUCACUUCUAACUUCAACACUUAUUGCAAUCACUUCUAACUUCAAAACAUAUUGCAAUCACUUCUAACUUCAAAACAUAUUGCAAUCACUUCUAACUUCAACACAUAUUGCAAACACUUCUAACUUCAACAAAUAUUGCAAUCACUUCUAAUUUCAAAACAUAUUGCAAUCACUUCUAACUUCAAAACAUAUUGCAAUCACUUCUAACUUCAAAACAUAUUGCAAUCACUUCUAACUUCAAAACAUAUUGCAAUCACUUCUAACUUCAACACUUAUUGCAAUCACUUCUAACUUCAAAACAUAUUGCAAUCACUUCUAACUUCAACACUUAUUGCAAUCACUUCUAACUUCAAAACAUAUUGCAAUCACUUCUAACUUCAAAACAUAUUGCAAUCACUUCUAACUUCAAAACAUAUUGCUAUUACUUCUAACUUUAAAACAUAUUGCUAUUACUUCUAAAUUCAAAUCAUAUUGUAAUCACUUCUGACUUCUUUAUAAUGUUAUUCGACUUCUUUACAAGUUUUAUGAAAAUAUUUUGCAAAUAUAUUUAUUGUUUAUAAAAACACUGCUAAAGAGUUACUUGAGAAUUACUUGACAUAGGUGAUAUAGAACAUUAUAAAAACGUUUAGUAAAGUUAUACAAGUUGGGUUUUUAAAAUUUAUUUUUCAUAUUAAUCCUUGAUAUCUUGGUCAAUAGUAUGGUUAUCAUUUUAAACUAUCCACUUUCUAAAUGGCAUUGAUAUGAAUUAUAAUGAUGACUUUUUUUUGUUUGUUUAUUUAUUAGCUAUAGUAUAUAUUUUUUCAAUUAUCAGUAAAAAAAAAUGAUUUCAUACUUCUGUGUAGACUUUUUCAUGUUGAAAUAAUUUAGUCAUAAAAAAAAAAGAAAAGCCCCAACAAAUUAAAAUUUUCAUUUGGUCUUGUGUACUAUCCAUUCUUCAUUUGUCUAAGAAAAAAGUUUGAUCAAUUUAUUUCACUCAUGGGAAUCAAUACUCUGUUAGAAUCAUUUUGUUGUGCUACUUUGUAUUGAAAUUUACUUUGUACAAAUGUAAGGCCCUCUAUUCCCUGCAAUAUCUAUGUUAAUGUCAAUAUUUCUGCUCAUAUUACAUUACUUUUGAAGUCAGUUCUAUGACUUGAAACACAGAAGAGUGACUAUCCAAACCUCUGUCUCUAACCUUUUUUUUUUAAGUUGUAUUAAAAAAACAAGUAAAAAUGUUAACAUUUUGUUUUUUUAUAUGUAUAUCAUAUGUCCUGUUGUAAUGUCAGUUACUUGUAGUUGUUGACUAUCUACUGGUUGAACAUUUGUGCUGGUAAGUUCUGUGGACUUGCUAAUGUUGAACUGUCAUAGGUAUUUUUUUUUUUUUAAAUUCCUAUUAACUUAACCUUACUGUAGGUGAGGGUCGUACAUUCCACUUAAAAUAUACAAGUCUGAAAAUUUAAUAUUUCAUUUUCCACUAAAUUUAUUUGUUUCUAUCAAGUGUCAUGGUUUUAUCAUCCUUACUCACCCUACCAGGAAGUAGCUAUGUAACCUUGUUUAACAAUUUUGUUUUUGAAAUUGACAAUCAAAUUUGUGUUAUUAAAAAGUGUCUGAAGGUUGUCAUAGAGUCCAGUUACAAAGUGUUGCAUCCUGGGAUCUGAAUUCUCUGUGAUUUGUGAAAAGUAGAUCUCUUGUUAAAUAAUUCUGGUCCAAGAAAUUUUGCCACUGAUAAUGUGCUCUGUAGAUGUAGUUUUUCUUUGUAUAAUGAACCUACUUUUGUUGAAUUGUCCUUGUAAUGUGCUCUGUAGAUGUAGUUUUUCUUUGUAUAAUGAGCCUACUUUUGUUGAAUUGUCCUUGUAAUGUAGCUCUGUAGGGAGCCAUCUGUGAAUGAACUGAGAUAAUGUCUUGUCCAUGAACUAACGUCAGCUGAAUUUCUGCUUAUCCCUGUUUGUGUUUUCACUCUUCCAUGCCUUUAAUAAAGUUUCUACAUCAUUAUCUUUAUAUUUAUGUCAGCUCAGCUUCUUUCUGGACACUGAUGGCAUGACUAUCUGAAAGAAAAAAUGCAACACUUAAAGGGGAUGACUUUGCCUCAGGCAUAAAACCUGUUAAGAAAUUAUUUAAUAACAACUUCCUCUCAUAAUUGUAAACCAAAUUACAACUAAAAAAAUGCACAAGUUCAUUUUAUUAGCUAACCUUCUAUUAGAUCUAAACUAAAGUUAUAACUCACCUAAAACAGCUGAAAUUAGUGAAAUUGAAGGUCCUGAGUCAAAAACGUGUAUCUGCCUUGUUUUGCUAUUUACAGAAGAAAUGAAGUAUCAUUUCUAAACACUAACCUAUAUUCUUUUAUAUUUAAAUGAAAAUUCAUGGGAAACAACUCAGGAAAAACGUUUUUAAAGCCUUUCACAUUUUUAGUAUUGAGUAGGCAAAGUCACCCCUUGAAGCAAAGUCACCCCAUUUCAACAGUUUCUAGAACUAUUUCUCUACGUUUCCAUAACUAGUUUGUAGCACUACUUGUCUAAGUUUACAUAACUAGUUUCUAGCACUAUUUCUCUAAGUUUACAUAACUAGUUUCUAGCACUACUUCCCCAAGUUUACAUAACUAGUUUCUAGCACUACUUCCCCAAGUUUACAUAACUAGUUUCUAGCACUACUUCCCUAAGUUUACAUAACUAGUUUCUAGCACUACUUCCCUAAGUUUACAUAACUAGUUUUUAGCACUACUUCUUUAAGUUUACAUAACUAGUUUCUAGCACUACUUCCCCAAGUUUACAUAACUAGUUUCUAGCACUACUUCCCCAAGUUUACAUAACUAGUUUCUAGCACUACUUCCCUAAGUUUACAUAACUAGUUUCUAGCACUACUUCCCUAAGUUUACAUAACUAGUUUUUAGAACUACUUCUCUAAGUUUACAUAACUAGUUUCUAGAUUUGAUUUGUUGAUAUGAGGCACAUCGGCACAAUUUAGGCCAUGUCGUGCCUGCAGUCCCUUAAGGACUACUCUCUCUCUAAACAGCAAGGGCCAGAUUCUAUACAGUAAUAUAAUUAAAAUUAAGGUCUAUUCACAGUUAAAAUAGUAAAGGUAGUAAAAAUUUAAAUAUUUGGUAAAAAUCUAAUGUAAAUAGUGUAUGUUCACAAAUUCAGAAAUCACAUCUUCGUAGAUAGCCCCACUUCCCGAAUAAAGCCCAGUACCUUCCCAGGGUCGACAUUAUUAAAUAGUGUUUUUAGAUUAGUGGCUCUAAAAUGUUUCGCCCUGACAUCCUGGUAUCUGGGGCAAUCAACGAGGAUAUGUUCCACGGUGAGGCGAGAGUCACAGUACUCGCAAAGUGGGGGCUCCUCUCUCUUCAGUACAAAAGAGUGCGUGAUGUAGGUGUGGCCAAUCCUAAGUCUGGACAUGGUUGUGCUACCACGCCUUGUCAGACCCUUAGAUGUGGGCCGCCACCUGACAUCCGCCACAAUCUGCCUGAGUUUACUGUGAGUCUCAGCCUCCCAUCGGUUCUGCCACUCUCGAUAGGUGGCAGAGGCAAUACUUUGUCUCAGGUCCGAGUAGGGGAUUUGGGUUCCUGACACCGCAUGAUUUAGGGCUCUCUUUGCUUCUCUGUCUGCGGCUUCGUUUCCCUCAAUGCCAACAUGGGAGGGGACCCAGAUGAAGGUGACAUCCCUAGUUUCUAGCACUACUUCUUUAAGUUUACAUAACUAGUUUUUAGCACUACUUCUUUAAGUUUACAUAACUAGUUUCUAGCACUACUUCUUUAAGUUUACAUAACUAGUUUCUAGCACUACUUCUUUAAGUUUACAUAACUAGUUUCUAGCACUACUUCUUUAAGUUUACAUAACUAGUUUCUAGCACUACUUCCCCAAGUUUACAUAACUAGUUUCUAGCACUACUUCCCUAAGUUUACAUAACUAGUUUCUAGCACUACUUCCCUAAGUUUACAUAACUAGUUUCUAGCACUACUUCCCUAAGUUUACAUAACUAGUUUCUAGCACUACUUCUCUAAGUUUACAUAACUAGUUUCUAGCACUACUUCUCUAAGUUUACAUAACUAGUUUCUAGCACUACUUCUUUAAGUUUACAUAACUAGUUUCUAGCACUACUUCUUUAAGUUUACAUAACUAGUUUCUAGCACUACUUCCCUAAGUUUACAUAACUAGUUUCUAGCACUACUUCUCUAAGUUUACAUAACUAGUUUCUAGCACUACUUCUUUAAGUUUACAUAACUAGUUUCUAGCACUACUUCUCUAAGUUUACAUAACUAGUUUCUAGCACUACUUCUUUAAGUUUACAUAACUAGUUUCUAGCACUACUUCUUUAAGUUUACAUAACUAGUUUCUAGCACUACUUCUUUAAGUUUACAUAACUAGUUUCUAGCACUACUUCUCUAAGUUUACAUAACUAGUUUCUAGCACUACUUCUCUAAGUUUACAUAACUAGUUUCUAGCACUACUUCCCCAAGUUUACAUAACUAGUUUCUAGCACUACUUCCCUAAGUUUACAUAACUAGUUUCUAGCACUACUUCUCUAAAUUUACAUAACUAGUUUCUAGCACUACUUUUCUAAGUUUACAUAACUAGUUUCUAGCACUACUUCCCCAAGUUUACAUAACUAGUUUCUAGCACUACUUCCCUAAGUUUACAUAACUAGUUUCUAGCACUACUUCUCUAAGUUUACAUAACUAGUUUCUAGCACUACUUCUCUAAGUUUACAUAACUAGUUUCUAGCACUACUUCUUUAAGUUUACAUAACUAGUUUUUAGAACUACUUCUCUAAGUUUACAUAACUAGUUUCUAGCACUACUUCCCCAAGUUUACAUAACUAGUUUCUAGCACUACUUCUCUAAGUUUACAUAACUAGUUUCUAGCACUAUUUCUCUAAGUUUACAUAAGAUCAUUUACUUCUAAUCUUGUUCCAGAGUUCCUUGUGAACAUAGAUUAUCUCCCAUCACAUGUGUACAUUCUCACUAUUUCCCUGUGAUAUGUUUAUUGUUCUCAGAAGUUUUAUUGAUUCAUAAAAACUUUGGUCAAUGUAAAUUAUCAUUAUGAUUAUUAUUUUUUUUAUACGCUAUGUAGUGUCAAUGUGAAUCUAUUUCCUAAGAAGCUUUGUUAAGUUCCGCAGCUACUUAAAUAUGGUCUCAGACUUGCUGCAUAGUAAUUAGAUAUCAGUUAUUUUAUUUGAAAUUCAAUAGCUUAUUUUGUGAUUCAUGACAUACACACUUUAUUUUUUUUAAUUUUUUUUUUUAAUAGGUUUUGAAAUAAAAAUUCUUAUAUAGUU